UGUAAACUAAAGGGAAUCGGUAUAGACGUAAAAUGGCGAUUAACCGUAUCAGUUUGGUAGUAUUCGUCUUCUAUGCGUUGAUAGUUUGUGGUCAUUGCAAAGAAGACUCUAACAAGAGGAUUCUUCUGAAUGACCCAGACUACAUUCAACAGCUUAUAACCCAUCUCCAGGGAGAGUUACAGACCCUCCAGACCACGGUACAUACCCUCCAGACCACGGUACAUACCUACCAGACCAUGGUAGAGACACAAACUGGUGAAAUAUCCUCUCUCAAAACACAACUUUCACAGGCAAACAACGUCGGUGGGGGAUCCACGUUUGUUCGCUGGGGACGGACCGACUGUCCUGCCAAUCUGACGGAACUCGUAUAUUCUGGUUUAGCAGGAGGUUCCUGGUAUGACCACAGUGGAGCGGCAGUUGACUAUCUUUGUCUGCCACCUGAUCCGGAAUGGUUACAGACAACAGUUGUACCGGAUGAUUACACGGGGAGGCUCUAUGGGGCAGAGUACGAAUCUUUCAAUGGAUAUACUCUCUUUGGGCCACAAUCACACAAUGAAGAGGUUCCCUGUGCGGUCUGUAGAUCUACUUCCUUUGUUUCCUCUGUAAUGAUACCGGCAAGGACGACCUGCUACAGCGGCUGGACGAAGGCUUACAGUGGGUCACUGGCGUCAGGGUCCUAUGCACACGUAGCUGCUUCCCAAUACGUAUGUGUAGACGAGAACCCACAGCCUGUUGUUGGAGGAGCUGAUAGAGACGACAAUGGUAAAAUGUUUCUUGGCGUCAAAGCGUUUUGUGGUUCUCUGCGAUGUCCUCCAUACCAGCAAGACAAAUUUCUAUCUUGUGUAGUUUGUAUGAAAUAAAUAUU